CCCUACCCCAAAAUUUCAAUUCAAUCUUCCACUUUUCCUUUGCCGCUGCAUAUUCUUCGCUCUUCUUCCGAUUUCCUAUCAGAUCCCGCUCCACUCAGGAGGACUCUCUAGCGUUGAUUACGAGGACUCUCCAAGCUUUGAUUAUGAGGAGGACUCUCUAAGCUGUAGCAAAUGGAAAAGCUUUAGUUUAAGUAACUUGACCAAAGCAGCCGUUGAUUCAACUUUUUUUCAAUUUCCAAUGAAAGUACUUCAAAAUGUCCAGUCUCUGUCAAUGUGCAUUUUAACUGCUCAGGUGUAUCGCUUCAAUGAUGCUAUUCCUACCUUUCAUAAUUUGACUCGCUUGGACCUUGACUCUCUCAAUUAUCGUUGGCAUUUCUUAGUAGAAGUUCUCAAACACUGCCCUAAGCUUCAAGUGCUAUACCUUGAUCAGGCUGGCUUGAACUCCGAUGACCAAACAUGGACUAAAAAUGAUGAUAAAGAAAAUUGGGUGGACCCAGAUUGUGUUCUGCAAUGCAUUUCAUUACACCUUAGAGUUUUCGAUAUUUCCAGCUUCUUAGGCCUACAAGGUGAGCUUCGGCUAGCAAGGUAUAUUUUGAAGAAUGCAAGAGUUUUACAAACCAUGAAAAUCUGGUACAUUGGAUCACCUGAAAUAGAAACACUAUUAUCCUCAUGUCCAAGGGCCUCCUCAGCAUGUAAACUUACAUUUGGAUAUGUUCCAGGUGUUCUUUCCAGUGAGUCUGAUUCUAUGGACGAGAGUGAAUCAUCUAUUGGUAGCAAUGAUUGUGUUUUUUAGGUUCCUUUAGUACAAAAAUUUUAAGUUAUUAUGAAUUUUGUUAAGGAAGUUAUUAUGAUAUUUGAGUUGUAUUUCUUUCUUUUGAAGAAGCAAAGAACUUUGAGCUGUAUUAUCCACGUUAGAAUAAUGUUUGAAUUAUAUUUAUGUUAUCAUGGUUAUAUGUUU